AUGUCUUCUUCCUCUGGUUUCUACAAUCCUGCGCCGCCCUCGCGCUUGCCCAGUCCCGCGAUUUUCAAGCGCACCCGCUUUCCGGCCUCAAUUGCUGACAAUCCUAGAAUCAAGGAUAUCCGUCGCCGACCUCGCGGCGUCACCCCAACUAGUGGCAGCAACACCGACCAACCCGCGAAUGCCUUCGGGGGUCUCACCUCGGCUUCCAGUUUCUCUGCGCCUACCCCCGCUUUCCAGUCGACCGGCUUCAAUUUCGGCCAAAGCCAAAGCUUCCCUGGUGCUGGUGCUGGCAUUGGGUCGAAUCAACCCAACCAGAGUUCCUCGAGUGGCUCUGCUCCAUUCUCUUUCGGUGGCGGCGCUCAGCCUAGCUUUAACUUCGGCGGCUCUUCUAGUUUUGCACCUGUGAACAAUCCUUUCGCCAACACCUCCGCAAAUCCCGCUCCUGCUGCACCAGCCUCUAAGGGAACUUCUUUCACCGGCUUCGGGGCGAACAACCAAACUACCUCUCAGACUGCCUCGCCAAUCUUUUCUUUUGGCGCGCCUCAGAGCGCGAAUGCUUCGACCGGCUCUAGCUUGUUUGGCCAAUCCAACAACACCCCUGCCGUUUCGACCGCUGCGGAUUCUAUGCAAAUGUCUCCGGACACUAAGCCAAAGGCGCCAUCCACUACUCCGUCUUCUUCCUUCCAGAGUCGGAACCUCUUUGGGGACUCGACCCCCAAUAUCUUCUCCCCGAAGCCCGCCACCCCGGCCGGCAAUCCAUUCAGCAACAUGAAGACCACCUCGGCCACACCCCAGUCAAUGGGACCUCCUCAAGGAUCGGCCACCCCUCGUCAGCCACCCCCUCAGCCUGCCGGAACUCCCAAGGACCAAGCUCCUACUCAGAAUCUCUUCGCCCCGAAGCCUGCCACAGACCAGGCUAAUGGCAAACCCGCCGAUGCUAAUCCGUUCAAGAAUCUGUUUGGCGCAGCGUCAGCCACCCCUCAGCCUGCCGGAACAUCCAAUGACCAAGCUCCUACUCAGAAUCUCUUCGCCCCGAAGCCUGCCACAGACCAGACUUCUGACAAGCCGGCUACUGCUACUGCAGUCCCAUCCAAGCCUCUUUUUGGUGAGACCAGUGAGACCUCGGCCACACCCAAGGCAGCGGAUCCUUCCCAGGGGUCGGCCACCCCUGCUCAGAGUAUCUUCGCUGCAAAGCCAGCUGCGAACCAGGCAGAUGACAAGCCCGCCGAUGCCAAUCCGUUCAAAAACCUUUUUGGCACACCAUCAGCCACCCCUAAGCCGACCGAAACUUCUAAAGAAAAGGCUCCUACUCAGAACAUCUUUGCCCCGAAGCCUGCUGCAGACCAGGCUGAUGACAAGCCUGCCGAUGCCAAUCCAUUCAAAAAUAUGUUCACUCAGAAGCCUGCCACAGACCAGGCUCCUCAGGGAUCGGCGACUCCCAUCAAGAACCCCUUUGCCCCGAAGCCUGCUACAGACCAGGCUUCUGAUAAGUCUACCAGCGCAACCCCAACCAAGCCCCUUUUCGGUACCACCUCGGCCACACCCCAGGUGACGGGUCUUUCCCAGGGAUCGGUUACCCCUGCUCAGAGUAUCUUCGCUGCAAAGCCAGCUGCGAACCAGGCGGAUGACAAGCCCGCCGAUGCCAAUCCGUUCAAAAACCUUUUUGGCGCUCCAUCAGCCACCUCUAAGCCGUCUGAACCCUCUAAGGAACAGGCUCCGACUCAGAGCCUGUUUGCUCCGAAGCCUGCUUCAGAUCAGGCUCUUAGCAAAACGAACAUGUUUGCCCAAAAGCCAGCCACGGAGCAGCCUUCUGGCAAACCUGCGGGUCUUCAGACCCCCGGAGCUUCAUUCGGAAGUUCAGCUACUCCCAACUCUAAUUUGCCUGCAAAUGUCGGCAAAACCAGCCCUGCAGCCGCCAACAAAGUUCGUGCCUUGGAUACCAUUUUCAAGCAGAGAGUUGCCGAGUGCAAGCCUGAUGCCGACGGAUUGGAUAAAGUGAUCAUUUUCUACAUCGGUCUCCGUCGACAAAUGGGAGUCCCGGUAGGCACCAAGGAAUCCUGGAAGAACGUCGGCCUGGCACCCAUCGAGAAUAAAUCUGUUGACCCCGAGCCUGCGACUGCAAAUGGCCCGAAUGAUUCUGCGACGUCUAGCGUUUUCGCAAAGUCUUUCUCAUCUCCAGCUAAUGGAACCCCACGAGCCGGUGAUGUAUCGACUCAUGCAAAGAAAGACCCGGCACCUACUUCUGCAGGCAACAUGUUUGCCAACCCCAAGUUUACACAAUCUCAGAGCUCCACACCUUCUCUCUCAGUUCCAAAGUUCGGCAAUGGCAGCGCCGGUGUCGACUUCAUGGCUCAAUUCAAGAAGAAGGCUGAAGAGACUGCGGCCAAGGAGAAGGCCAAGCGGAAGGCCGAGGAGUUCGAUUCGGACGAAGAUGAUGAGGCAGAGUGGGAGCGCAAAGACGCCGAGAAACAGCGAGAGAAGCGCGAAAAGUUGGAAAGCCAGUCGAAGAAAAAGGCUGUUUUCAUUCCUGGCAAGGGUUUCCAAAUGGUCGAUGCUGACGACGAAUCUACUGGCGCUGCAUUUUCCGAUUCUGCAAAACCUGCGUUGCCCGCCCCUUCACCCGCUCCAUCAUCUGCAGGAACUCCUUGGGAUUCCGUCUUCAAUUCCCCAAAUCCCAUCACGCCUGUUCCGGAUUCGCAGAACAUCUUCCGUCGCUCGCCCAAGCGUUCUGCACCUGAUGAUGAUAAUGAUGAUAAGGCUGACUCGGAGGCCUCAGGCCAUGAGUCCAAAAAGUCCAAGUCAAUGGACAAUACCGAGACCAAGUCCAGCUUGGACACUCCCAUUCCCCCGCCAACUGCCGCAGCGGGUCGAAGCCUUUUCGAUCGUAUUCAGUCCCCGGCCUCUGGUGGUACUCCGGUCUCCAGUGGUACCCCGGCUUUUACUGAUACUCCCGCUCCCGCUUCCCCGGCCUCUGAGGUUACAAACUCGAACGUCUCGAACGUCGGCUGUAAUGCUGACGAUGAGACUGCCCCCGGCGCUGUUUACGAUCUGUCUACCGCUAAUGCCGGUGAAGAAAACGAAAAUGUGGAGUUCGAAUGCCGUGCUCGUGCUUUUAAGCUUACCACUGGAUGGACGUCCCAGGGAAUGGGGUCUAUGCGACUUUUGAAGAACCCUGAAACUGGCCGGGCCCGUAUUGUCCUCCGUGCCGAUCCCGGUGGCAACGUUAUCAUCAACACCCUGCUGAAGAAGGAGUUGGGCUGGACUGUUACUGGUGGAAGUAUCCAAUUUUUGGUCCCGGAAUCUGAAGCCGGUGCCCGGCCUGCUCAGUGGGCACUUCGGGUGAAGAAGGACAACCUUGAUGAUCUUGUCAAGAGGAUCGAAGAAAACAAGUACUGA